AGGGAAAUCGCUAUGGCGAAAGAGAGCAAGAAACGACAAUUGAUACGUCAGAGAUUAGCGAGUGCUAAAUCUGAGGAGAACUUGGUGGAUGGCUGCACCGAUGGUGAGGAGUACGCGAGUGGCCUGGACGAGGCGCUCAAAGCUUUAUCGUGGUGA